ACCAAGUAUUUGUAAUUGUCAAAAAAACGAAUCAUCAUCAUUUCAUCACCCAUCUAUCAAUAUGGCAGCCUUUUCUUUCUUCCUGUUUAUCGCCACCGUUUCAACUCUCUUCGCCACCUCAUCAUCAAGCACCAUCACUGUCAACCGCAACCUCACCGACGGCCAAACCAUCAUCUCCGACGAGGAAACCUUCAGAAUGGGAUUUUUUAGUCCCACAAACACUUCAACAAAUCGAUAUUUCGGAAUAUGGUACAACAAAAUAAGCGUCACGACAGUCGUAUGGGUAGCCAAUCGAGAAACCCCACUCAACGACACCUCCGGCGUAUUGUUUCUCAGCGAUAACGGAACUCUCACACUCCUUAAUCGCACAAAAAACGUAAUCUGGUCGUCAAACUCGUCGGAAACCGGAAAUAAUCCGGUAGCAAAACUUCUCGACACCGGAAACCUUAUGAUAAGAAACUCCGGCGAUACAAAUCCGGAUAGUUACAUAUGGCAAAGCUUCGAUUAUCCCGGAAAUACCUUUCUUCCAAGUAUGAAAUUCGGGAUUGAUUUUGUAAGAGGAAUAAACAAGAACCUCGUAGCAUGGAAAACCGAAACCGAUCCUUCAGCAGGUGAAUACACAAACGGGUUCGAUCCCGAAGGGUACCCGCAGAUUCUUCUAAGAGCAGGUUCAGAAGUGAGAUUCAAUUCUGGUCCAUGGAACGGAUUACGAUUCAGCGGGAUGCCAAAUUUGCAACAGAAUGAUAUCUACACAUUCGGAUUCGAGCUGAAUUCAAGGGAACUUUAUUACAAAUACGAGCUUGUCAACAACUUCACAAUUUCCCGAAUGAUUUUGAAUCCAAGUGGUGCGAUUCAGCGACUCAUAUGGAUCGAAAGAAGGCAAGUAUGGGAUCUUUAUUUGACUGCACAAAUGGAUAAUUGUGAUCGAUAUGGAUUGUGUGGUCCUUAUGGUGUUUGCAACAUUCGUGAGAAUCAAGCUUGUGGGUGUAUGCGAGGGUUUGUUCCGAGGUUCCCGGAUGAAUGGCAAAGAGCAGAUUGGUCAAAUGGGUGUGUGAGGAAAGCUGAGCUGGGCUGUGCCGACGGCGGCGAUGGGUUUGUGAAGAUGACCGGAGUGAAGUUGCCGGACACGAGAAAAACUCGGUAUAAUGUGAGUAUGAAUCUUGAAGAAUGUGAGAGGAUUUGUUUGAGGGAUUGUAAUUGCACAGCGUAUUCGAGUAUCGAUGUUAGAACAGGAAGUGGGUGUUUGAUUUGGUUUGAUAAGUUGAUGGAUAUUAGGGUUUAUGGUGAAAAUGGGCAAGAUGUUUUUGUGAGAAUGGCUGCUUCGGAAUUACAUAGGAAUGCUGAAGCGAAGAGGAAAGUUAGGAUUAUAGUGAUUCCGGUGCUCGUGGGAUUUGCUGUGAUACUCGGAUUUUGCCUGUUUGUUUUCUACAAGAGGAGGCAGAAGAAGAAAGGAAUAACUAAUCUUGUUCGUGAAAUCAACUUUGCUAUUGAUAACGAGAGGGAAGAUUGGGAAUUGCCGGUGUUUGGAUUCAACACAAUAGCCAAUGCAACAAACAACUUUUCAGAUGAGUGUAAGCUCGGAGAAGGUGGUUAUGGGCCUGUCUACAAGGGAACAUUGGAAGGGAUAGAAAUUGCUGUAAAGAGACACUCAAGAAAAUCAAAACAAGGACUAGACGAGUUUCAGAAUGAAGUUAAAUGUAUUGCUAAACUUCAACACCGAAACCUUGUGAGGCUUUUAGGAUGUUGCAUUGAAGAAGAUGAAAGGAUGUUGAUCUAUGAAUACAUGCCCAAUAAAAGCUUGAACUCUUUUAUUUUUGAUGAAAGAAAAAGAAAGACACUUGAUUGGUCAAAACGCUACACUAUUAUAACUGGAAUUGCAAGGGGUCUUCUGUAUCUUCAUCAAGAUUCUAGAUUAAGAAUCAUUCAUAGGGAUUUAAAAGCUAGCAACAUAUUGUUAGAUAAAGAUAUGAAUCCAAGAAUUUCAGACUUUGGUUUGGCAAGAAGUAUGGAAGGAAGUAAAACAGAAGCAAAUACAAGAAGAGUAAUGGGAACAUAUGGCUACAUGGCACCAGAGUACACCAUUGAUGGGAUUUACUCCACUAAAUCUGAUGUCUUCAGCUUUGGUGUAUUGGUGUUAGAGAUAAUAAACGGAAAGAAAAAUAGAGGAUUUCGUCAUGCAAAUCAUGAUCUUAAUCUUUUAGGACACGCAUGGAGGCUGUAUAAAAAUGGGAAGCAAUUGGAACUGAUGGAUGACACUAUUAAGGGUUCAUAUGUGCAAACACAAGUGAACAGAGCAAUUCAUAUUGGUUUACUAUGUGUUCAAAAGUAUCCUGAAGAUAGACCAGAUAUGCCUUUGGUGGUUGUUAUGUUAGGUAGUCAAAUUCCGUUACCUGAACCUAAACAACCGGGUUUUUAUACAGAAAGAAGAAGACCACAAGAAGCAGAUUGUUCAUCUAGUAAUCCUGAAUGGAGUUCAUCAAAUCACUUAUCUGUUACGUAUCUUCAACCUAGAUAGAAAUUGGUAUAAGUGAUUUCUAUGUAUAUCUAUCUAAGUUUUACACAAACAAGCUACGCAAUUAGACUUGUUACAAUUGUUUUAAAAUAAUAUUUGUAAAGAACAGCUAGAAAUUCCAUCGACGAUGAGUGUAUAUAAGAUGAUGCUUCUGUUCA